AUGCUGAGGAGGGACUGUCUGUUGGUAUUCCUGUGCUUCCUCUUUGGGCAGAGCUCCUGCGCUCCCUUCCAGAGCACGCCAGGGCAAGAGUGGCCACGCGGCCUAGCGGGACCCUCAGCGGCAGGGAGGAAUGGAGGUUCCAGGGGCUUCCAGAGGGUCAAGAGGGGCUGGGUCUGGAACCAGUUCUUUGUGCUGGAGGAAUACAUGGGCUCGGACCCACAGUAUGUGGGAAAGCUACACACUGACCUUGAUAAUGGAGAUAGCGGUGUGAAGUACACUCUGUCGGGUGAGGGGGCUGGCACAAUCUUCACCAUUGACCAGACCACUGGGGACAUACAUGCUUUACGCAGUCUGGACCGUGAGGAGAAGCCUUACUACACCCUACGAGCACAAGCUGUGGAUAUUGACACCAACCGGCCACUGGAACCAGAGUCAGAGUUUGUCAUUAAGGUGCAGGACAUCAACGACAAUGAGCCAAAGUUCCUGGAAGGCCCCUACACCGCUAGCGUACCAGAGAUGUCACCUGUGGGUACGUAUGUGAUGAGGGUGACCGCUACAGAUGCAGAUGACCCCACAUAUGGCAAUAGUGCACGGGUGGUGUACAGCAUACUACACGGGCAGCCAUACUUCUCCGUCGACCCCAAGACAGGAGUAAUCAGGACAGCUCUACCCAACAUGGACCGGGAAGUGAAGGAACAAUAUCAAGUUCUCAUUCAAGCCAAAGACAUGGGCGGCCAGUUAGGCGGUUUGGCUGGGACCACGACCAUCAACAUCACCCUGAGUGACGUCAAUGACAACCCACCCAGGUUCUCCAAAAGUAUCUUUCACCUGCGAGUACCAGAGUCAUCAGCAGUCGGGUCUGCGGUCGGCCGAAUCAAAGCUCAUGAUCUUGACAUAGGAAAGAACGCUGAGGUGAAAUAUAACAUUGUCCCUGGAGAUGGAGGGUCCUUGUUCGACAUCACCACCAAUGAACACAAUCAAGAGGGAAUAAUCAUGCUCAAAAAGCCACUGGAUUAUGAGACCAAAAAAGCCUACACAUUUAAAGUGGAGGCCUCAAAUGUGCACCUGGAUCCACGGUUCCACGGUUUUGGCCCAUUUAAAGACACAGUGACAGUGAAAAUCAACGUUCUGGAUGUGGAUGAGCCUCCCGUCUUUAGCAAACACUCCUACACAAUGGAUGUUUACGAGGACACACAACAAGGGACCAUUAUAGGAGCCGUGACCGCACAGGACCUCGAUUCAGGAAACAGUCCAGUCAGGUAUUCCAUCGACUGGAAGAGUGAUCUGGACAGUUUCUUCGAUAUUGACCCCGUCAGAGGAACCAUCUCAACCAAUGAGCUUCUGGACAGGGAGAGUAUAGCCCAGCACAACAUUUCUGUCAUGGCCACUAAAGUUAAUAACCCGGUGCUGACCAGUAGAGUGGCUGUCAUAGUUCAUGUGCUGGACAUUAAUGAGUUUCCACCAGAGCUCGCCAUGCCUUACGAAACCUUUGUGUGUGAGAGCACCAAAGUUGGACAGGUUAUUCAGGUCAUCAGUGCAAAAGACCAAGACCUCCCCCAAGCUGGACAAAGAUUUUCCUUCAAAUCUCCUCAAGAGGGAGUGAAGAACAAGAACUUUACCAUCAGAGACUUUGGGAAUAACACUGCCGGGGUGGUGGCACUCCGUAGCGGCUUCAAACGGCACUCUCAAGAGAUCUACUAUCUUCCACUUGCGAUUGAGGAUGGAGGCAUCCAGACAUUGAGCAGUACCAGCACCCUCACCAUCCAUGUGUGCGGAUGUGAUGCCAAUGGAUCUUUAUUAACUUGCAGCCCUGAAGCUAUUUUCCUUCCAGUGGGACUCAGUACCGGAGCCCUGAUUGCUAUUCUGGUGUGCAUCAUCAUACUGCUGGUGAUCGUGGUACUCUAUGUGGGUGUGCGGCGACAGAAGAAGAAAGAGACUCUUAUGACUUCCAAAGAGGACAUCCGUGACAACGUUAUCCAUUAUGAUGAUGAGGGAGGUGGUGAGGAGGACACGCAUGCCUUUGACAUGGGCACUCUUCGCAAUCCCAAAGUCAUCAAGGAAAACCUCUUUCGUCGAGACGUUAAGCCCGAGUUGGGUUUGGGUCCACGACGCCCAAUAGCCUCGCAGAAUAGUGCUGACAUCUGCAACUUCAUUAGUCAGCGACUGCAAGAACAUGAUGGCGACACUUCAGCGCCGCCCUACGAUUCGCUCGCCACCUAUGCCUAUGAAGGCGAGGGCUCUGUGGCAGAAAGUUUAAGUUCUAUAGAGUCCACAAAUGGUGAAAUAGAGGAGGACUACGAUUACCUCAAUGAGUGGGGGCCUCGAUUCAAAACCCUUGCAGGGAUUUUUGGAGAACGAUCAGAGAGCAUAUCGGAUGUAACAUCCACCACCACCACUGAAAAUAAACACUGA